AUGACCACAGAGCUGGUGGUCUCCAUGGCUAUGCUCCUGUCAGAAAACAACAGGUCUUUCCUUCCCACCGCCAAGACUCCUCUCCACAACACCACAGAAUGGAUCCUGGUCCACAGCAUCGUCCCUCCCUACAUCUUCACCCUGUGUGUGACGGGGCUGCUGGGUAAUGGCUUUGUCCUGCUGGUCUUCCUUCUUCAGAGGGAGCAGUGCACCGUCCCAGAGAUCUACCUGGGAAAUCUGGCCCUGGCUGACCUGCUCCUCCUGGCUUGCCUGCCCUUCUGGGCCAUGAACAUCCUCAAUGACUACAACUGGCCUUAUGGAGACUUCCUGUGCCAUGUAGUCAAUCUGUCUAUCAUUGUCAACUUCUACACCAGCAUCUUCCUGUUGGUGAUGGUGAGCGUGGACCGCUACUUAGCGUUGGUGAGGACCUUGAGGGCCAGGUGGCUGAGGAAGAAGCGCUACGCGCGGGUGGUCUGCCUCAUACUGUGGCUGUUUGGGCUGCUGAUAGGGGGUCUAGCUUCGCUUCACAGAAAGGUGACGUUCGUUGAGGAAUAUCAGACAAUGGCGUGUAUUCUGGAGUAUCCUGACCGCUCUGGGGAGUCUUGGAAGCUGGCCCACAACCUCCUGUUGAACAUAGUGGGCUUUGUUCUACCUGUUGUGGUGAUUUUUUCCUGUAGUUGUAACAUCAUCAGAGCCCUGAGGAAGAGGGGGAAGAGUGUUUAUAUAGAGGGUGGAAACGACAGGAAGGCCACGGUCCUCGUUUACGCCGUGACGCUGCUGUUUUUUGUAUGUUGGAGUCCCUUCCAACUCUUCACCUUACUCGAUAUACUGUGUGAUGCAGAGGUCUUGGAUGAGACGUGGCAUUAUACCCUGGACAUUGGUACCCAGUUUUCAACCUACCUAGCAAUUCUGAACAGUAGCCUAAACCCUGUGUUGUAUGUAUUUUCUGGUCAGUAUUUUAGGACGAAAGUUAGCACCAUCUACAGGAGAAUGAAGAAUCGCAGGAGAUCUGAAACGAUGGCAUUUCAGCUUUCAAUUGUAUCAACCUACCUCCACAGGACUGAUCAAAUCAAACCUGUUGUGAUAUAGGCAUGAGUUCCUGCAUUUUCCUGCACAUUUGUUUGAUAUCAUGUAGUUAUUGCACACUAAAUGGCAUUUUCAAUGUUGAAUAACACAAUGUAGCCACAUUAAAUGUGUGCAAUCUUGAACUACAUUAUUGAGGUCUAACAGGUUUAGAUUGUGUAGGAGAUAUGUUUGUAGGCACGGAAAUUAUCGCCUCAAAAGUGAGAUAAUGGCGAUAGUUUAUGAAGCAUAAUUUGUAUACUCACAAUGUCACCUGUCACAAUGUCACUUUUAAUGCUAAAUUGAACUUUUACGGACCUUUCUCUGAGAAAAGCAACAUAGAUUGUAUGUUCUAGCAGUGAAGAUCAUGGGGUGAUAGAUUUGAAAUGUUUCCUGUGUGUGUUUGUGUGUGUGUGUGUAUGUUACACCAUUCUAAAUAGCCCCAAAACCUUGUCUUGUCACAAUAAAUUGUGACUUUUAAAUGCCAAACACCUCUAUGUGAAUGCCUAAACAUUGUAUGACAUUUCUCUCGCCAGUACCCACAUUUGCUGUACUUCUGCUGUACCUCUACCAUUCUUCUUUUCAAUAAAGUUAUUUAAUGCAUAUGAGCAAAUUCCUCCUGUGUGACAUUGGAGAGAAUACUAUGUGUAUCUUGACACAAAUAUCAAUGAUUCCCAAGACACCUAUAGGAAGUAAAUUCAUAGUAAUUUAAUGAUAAUAUCACAAGACCACAGUGAGGAGAGGUGUCUGCCUAGAUGUGCUAUUUUGCUCUCCAGACUGAUUCUGGUGGCUCAUGUUUGUAUAUAUAGUUUGUUAACUUGAGUGUAUGACCACCCACAUUCUAUAACUAUUUGCAUGUGUAGGUAUAGGAGUCCAUUUUGAGAUGGCAAGUUGUUGUUAAGGUUAGGGUUAGGGUAAGGGUUAAGUUUAGGGUUAGGAUCAGUGUUAAGGUUAGGGCUAGGAUUAGUGUUAGUAGAUAGUUAGUUGAAAUGUUACUGAUAGUCCAUCUGUAGAUGCUCUACAGACUAUCAAAAUAAGAUGUUACCCAAAAGUCACCUCUUGAAAAACAACUCCCCUCUUUUGUGUGCUUUAAACAUAUAUCCAAGAUGGCGUAGCAGUGCGGUCGUGUUCUUUGUUGUGUGUCUGUGUAAAUAGCCUGUUUUUUUGUAUAUUUUUUGUAUUUUUCGUACAUAUUUCCCUAUCACACUUUUCAUCCUUCUACAAAAUAUACUUUCCUGCAACCUGCCUCACUCAAUGUGGAACAGACUCUAUUAUUGACUUACCUUUUCUCUAGAAUCUCCAGUUGAAACUAGCUAGCCAGCUAACUAGCUACUUGCUAUUAGCCACCGUUAGCGGUUUUCACCCAGAACAUCUGAUUUUUCUGCCGAAAUAACUGAAUCACUGGACAUUAACACCGGAUCGCAACUAGCUAGCCGCAACCGAAUGGAUGUUGCUGUUUGGCUAAUCACCACUGCCCCCGAAGCAAGCACCAGUUAGCCUCGAGCUAGCCCCAUAUCCCGGCUAUCUACCUCUCUGUCUACCGGAAGGGAGUAGCCAGCUAACUAGCUACUUGCUAUUAGCCACCGUUAGCGGUUUUUCACCAUUGCCCGUGGCCUGCACUACCUACCAUCCAGCUCUAGCCUGGACUAUUAUCGGCCAGUCUGCACUGUCUGCACAGCGCGUUAUCGACCCAGAACAUAUCAGUUUUUUUGCCGGAAUCACUGAAUCACUGGACCUUUAACACCAGAUCAUCGCAGCUAGCUAGCUGCAACCAAAUGGACGUUGUUGUUGGCUAAUCAGCCUUGAGCUAGCCUAGAGCCAGGCCCAUCUCCCGGCUAUCUACCUCUCUGUCAACCGGAUGGGACCUCCUAGUGUUGACACGGAGCCCCGCCAAUCCAACACGACUGGUCUGCCGAAGAAAUCGUCUGAUGUGGUUACAACAGGCUUCCCGUAACAACGUCGAUCACGAAGAUCCAUCUGCUAGCCCUGGCCCGCUAGCACACGCUAGCCGUGGCCUCUUGCUUGCCAGUGCUAUAGCAACCCCCGAACUACCUCCGAACUCUCCUAUUGCUGUUCACCGGACCUUAUGAUAACUCAGCUACACAGCUGAUGCCUGCUGGACUGUUCCUUUUUACGGUACCGCAUCCUGUUUAUGUUUAGCCUCAGCCCAAACUUUGUCGCCAUUACCAGCUGUUGUCUUAGCUCUCUCGAAUAACACCUGUGAUUGCAUUAUGCCUCUCUCCCAUGUCAAUAUGCCUUGCUUAUUGCUGUUUCGGUUAUUUCUUAUUGUAUUAUUUCACUGUAGAUCCCCCAGCCCAGCUCAACCUGCCUUAGAUAGCUCCUUUGUCUCACCCCCCAUACAUGCGGAGACCGACUCAAUCGGUGCCUCCAGUGAUGCUAUCUCUUUCAUCGUUACCCAACGCUUAGGUUUACCUCCACUGUACUCAUAUCCUUCCAUAUCCUUGUCUGUACAUAAUGCCCUGAAUCUAUUUUUUCUCUGUACCCAACGCACUAGAAGACCAGUACUUAAAGCCUUUAGCCGUAUCCUUAUUCUACUCCUCCUCUGUUCCUCUGGUGAUGUAGAGGUUAACCCAGGCCCUGUAGCCCCCAGUAUCACUCCUACUCCCCAGGCGUUAUCAUUUGUUGACUUCUGUAACCGUAAAAGCCUUGGUUUCUUGCACAUUAACAUUCGAAGCCUCCUCCCUAAAUUUGAGUUAUUCACUGCGUUAGCACACUCCGCCAACCCUGAUGUUCCAGCAGUGUCUGAAUCCUGGUUUAGGAAGGCCACCAAAAAUUCCGACAUUUCCAUCCCCAACUACAACAUUUUCCAACUCGAUAGAACUGCCAAAGGGGGUGGGGUUGCAAUCUACUGUAGAGAUAGCCUGCAGAGCUCUAUCGUACUAUCCAGGUCUGUUCCCAAACAGUUUGAGCUUCUACUUCUAAAAAUCCACCUUUCCAGAAAUAAGUCUCUCACGGCUGCCGCUUGCUACAGACCCCCCUCAGCCCCGAGCUGUGCCCUGGACACCAUAUGUGGACUGAUUGCCCCCCAUCUAUCCUCAGAGUUCGUACUGCUUGGUGACCUAAACUGGGAUAUGCUUAACAUCCCGGCCAACCUACAAUCUAAACUAGAUGUCCUCAAUCUCACACAAAUUAUCAAUGAACCUACCAGGUACAACCCUAAAUCUGUAAACAUGGGCACCCUCAUAGAUAUCAUCCUGACAAAUGUACCCUCUAAAUACACCUCCGCUGUCUUCAACCAGGAUCUCAGCGAUCACUGCCUUAUUGCCUGCGUCCGUAAUGGGUCUGCGGUCAAACGAACACCCCUCAUCACUGUCAAACGCUCCCUAAAACCCUUUAGCGAGCAGGCCUUUCUAAUUGACCUGGCCCGGGUAUCCUGGAUGGAUAUUGACCUCAUUCCAUCAAUAGAGGAUGCCUGGUUGUUCUUUAAAAGUGCUUUCCUCUCCAUCUUAAAUAAGCAUGCCCCAUUCAAAAAAUUCAGAACUAAGAACAGAUAUAGCCCCUGGUUCUCCUCAGACUUGACUGCCCUUGACCAGCACAAAAAUAUCCUGUGGCGUACUGCAUUAGCAUCGAACGGCCCCCGCGAAAUGCAACUUUUCAGGGAAGUCAGGAACCAAUAUACACAAUCAGUUAGGAAAGCAAAGGCUAGCUUUUUCAAACAGAAAUUUGCAUCCUGUAGCACUAACUCCAAAAAGUUUUGGGACACUGUAAAGUCCAUGGAAAAUAAGAGCAGCUCCUCCCAACAGCCCACUGCACUGAGGCUAGGAAACACUGUCACCACCGAUAAAUCUACAAUAAUUGCGAAUUUCAACAAGCUUUUUGCUACGGCUGGCCAUGCAUUCCACCUGGCUACCACUACCCCGGCUGCGUUGUGGUGUGUUGAACUGUCUAUCCACAUCUAUCUUCUUCACCAAACAGGGGCGCUGCAGGACUUCUUCUCCAGGCGGCUGUGUAAGGAGGGUAUGCCCAUGGCCCAGGCGGACGCACACGUUGCUCUGACCCGGGUGGCUCUGGGGUUCCUGCUCCCCCUCCUCAUCAUGAUCUUCUGCUUCCAUCAGAUUGUUUUAGCGCUCCGCGACAAUGCCUCCUUGCUGGCCUGGGAGAGGAGGAAAGUCAGCCUCCUGUUGCUGGUCCUCCUGGUGACAUACAGUGGGGAAAAAAAGUAUUUAGUCAGCCACCAAUUGUGCAAGUUCUUCCACUUAAAAAGAUGAGAGAGGCCUGUCAUUUUCAUCAUAGGUACACGUCAACUAUGACAGACAAAAUGAGGAAAAAAAAUCCAGAAAAUCACAUUGUAGGAUUUAUAAUUAAUGUAUUUGCAAAUUAUGGUAGAAAAUAAGUAUUUGGUCAAUAACAAAAGUUUCUCAAUACUUUGUUAUAUACCCUUUGUUGGCAAUGACACAGGUCAAACGUUUUCUGUAAGUCUUCACAAGGUUUUCACACACUGUUGCUGGUAUUUUGGCCCAUUCCUCCAUGCAGAUCUCCUCUAGAGCAGUGAUGUUUUGGGGCUGUCGCUGGGCAACACAGACUUUCAACUCCCUCCAAAGAUUUUCUAUGGGGUUGAGAUCUGGAGACUGGCUAGGCCACUCCAGGACCUUGAAAUGCUUCUUACGAAGUCACUCCUUCGUUGCCCGGGCGGUGUGUUUGGGAUCAUUGUCAUGCUGAAAGACCCAGCCACGUUUCAUCUUCAAUGCCCUUGCUGAUGGAAGGAGGUUUUCACUCAAAAUCUCACGAUACAUGGCCCCAUUCAUUCUUUCCUUUACACGGAUCAGUCGUCCUGGUCCCUUUGCAGAAAAACAGCCCCAAAGAAUGAUGUUUCCACCCCCAUGCUUCACAGUAGGUAUGGUGUUCUUUGGAUGCAACUCAGCAUUCUUUGUCCUCCAAACACGACGAGUUGAGUUUUUACCAAAAAUAUCUAUUUUGGUUUCAUCUGACCAUAUGACAUUCUCCCAAUCCUCUUCUGGAUCAUCCAAAUGCACUCUAGCAAACUUCAGAUGGGCCUGGACAUGUACUGGCUUAAGCAGGGGGACACGUCUGCACUGCAGGAUUUGAGUCCCUGGCGGCGUAGUGUGUUACUGAUGGUAGGCUUUGUUACUUUGGUCCCAGCUCUCUGCAGGUCAUUCACUAGGUACCCCGUGUGGUUCUGGGAUUUUUGCUCACCGUUCUUGUCAUCAUUUUGACCCCACGGGGUGAGAUCUUGCGUGGAGCCCCAGAUCGAGGGAGAUUAUCAGUGGUCUUGUAUGUCUUCCAUUUCCUAGUAAUUGCUCCCACAGUUGAUUUCUUCAAACCAAGCUGCUUACCUAUUGCAGAUUCAGUCUUCCCAGCCUGGUGCAGGUCUACAAUUUUGUUUCUGGUGUCCUUUGACAGCUCUUUGGUCUUGGCCAUAGUGGAGUUUGGAGUGUGACUGUUUGAGGUUGUGGAGAGGUGUAUUUUAUACUGAUAACAAGUUCAAACAGGUGCCAUUAAUACAGGUAACGAGUGGAGGACAGAGGAGCCUCUUAAAGAAUAAGUUACAGGUCUGUGAGAGCCAGACAUCUUGCUUGUUUGUAGGUGACCAAAUACUUAUUUUCCACCAUAAUUUGCAAAUAAAUUCAUUAAAAAUCCUACAAUGUGAUUUUCUGGAUUUUUUUUCCUCAAUUUGUCUGUCAUAGUUGACGUGUACCUAUGAUGAAAAUUACAGGCCUCUCUCAUCUUUUUAAGUGGGAGAACUUGCACAAUUGGUGGCUGACUAAAUACUUUUUUCCCCCACUGUAUGUGGUGGCCUUCGCCCCCUUCCAGGCCGUUAUGUUCCUCAGAGGGGUGCUGGAGCCAGGGGACUGUAGCAUAGCCGUGAAGCUCAGGGACCCAUACAUGGUGCUGGUUGCCUGGACGACCUUCAACAGCAUGCUGGACCUUAUUUUCUACUGUCUCAUCAGUCAGAGUGCCAAGAAUGAGAUGACUAAAGUGCUGCAAAGAUGCAAUAGAACGAUCAGUUGGUUAAAGAAGCGCAAAAACAUUUACACAAUUGCAUAA